UUGUUCAAACAAUGGAAGCUCAAACUAUCAAUAAUCUUCUCAACCAAUUACCAAUUGAAGGAGACAUAAGUCCUCAACCAAUUAAACCUAUUGCUGAGGAACUGAAUGUUCAAAAAGAUCCAAAUGAAGAUUUAACUACUGAUCAACAAAAUAUUAGUUAA